AGCCAGAGUGAGCUAGCUCUAAUAAACCCUGUACGUAGUAGACUCGCAGUAGCUCGGAUAGGAAGCUAUGGCGACGAAAGCGGCGGUGCUCGUCACGCUGCUGGCACUGAACCUGCUCUUCUUCGCCUUGGCCGACGACUGCGGGUGCCACCUGCCUAGCCCGCCGCCGCCGGCAGGGGGAGGAGGAGGGGGCGGCGGCGGCGGUGGAGGCAAGGGUGGCAGCGGGCAGUGCCCGAUCGACGCGCUGAAGCUUGGGGCGUGCGCGAACGUGCUGGGCGGGCUGAUCAACCUGCGGCCGGUGACGACGCCGAAGCAGACGUGCUGCUCGCUGCUCCAGGGGCUGGCGGACCUGGAUGCGGCCGUGUGCCUGUGCACGGCGCUCAAGGCCAACAUCCUGGGCAUCCACCUCAACGUGCCCGUCGACCUCAGCCUCCUCAUCAACUACUGCGGCAAGAACGUCCCCUCCGGCUUCCAGUGCCCCUCCUAGAAGACCCAUCCACGGCAACAUCUCCGGCAUAUAUGUCAUUGACUAGUGUACUACGAAUGUAGCUUUUUUUUCUGACGGGUAAAACACUUUACUUCUCAAAUAAUAGACAUGUCGUUUACAAGAGAAUGAGAAAUAAAAUCUGAAAUCACAGAUUCCCAAGAACUA